GGCUGCGUUUUAUGCAACUACGCGAUUUCAGCGAUUCGUAGUCUUCAGUGAUCAAUGGUCCAGUGACUCGCACGGGCGGCUCUUCAACUCGGGGAAAAAAAGACUCGAAACUCGAAACAAUGUUACACCUGAGAUUUGUCUUUAUGUUCGCUUCACCCCUGGUGCUGAUGCUGCUGCUGCAGGUUAGCCAACCGACAGAUGGAUUUAUAAUACGGCUGAUAACCGAGACUCUGCAAAAUAAUGUGGCUGGUGAGCCGAUCCUUCACGAAAGGACUUCAUGGGACUUUGAUCCGGAAGCGGCCAAAAAGGCGCGGUCCUUGUACUACGAGAAAAAUGGAUUCCGUUCGUCCAAGUUCAUCGAGCGACUGGGCGUGGGUCUGGAUGGGCGGCACGAGGAACGGCGAGCGGAGCAAGGACAACGGGAUGAAUUCCGUCUGAAUGGCGAACACAAUGUGAACUAUCCGCCUCCGCCGGCUUAGCCAUAAAUAAUUAUGAUUUAAAUUUAA